AUGACAAUUCAAUCAUCAGAGGCUGAUGGUGGAGGUGCUAUGGCCAAGUCGAGUGGUAUCAAGGUCAUCAUCGUUGGCCUCGGUAUGGCUGGGCUGAGUGCGGCCAUUGAAUGCCAUCUCCAAGGACAUACGGUCAUCGGACUCGAGAAAGCGCCCCAGCCCACUCAUCCUGGGGAUAUUUUCAGUAUUGGCCGGAAUGGCGCACGGGUCAUUCAGCAAUGGGACAAUGGAUCCGUCGCGCGAGAACUGGACGCAGUACGAUGUGACAUUGAAUCCAUCACCGUCUAUGAUGAGACCGGUACAGUCAAAGAGAAGAAGGAGAUGGAUGGCUUCCGCCUUGGGGAAGGAUGGGUAAUCAACCGAUCUGACACAGUGGGAGCGCUCCACCGCUACGCCCAGAGGUUGACGAUUGACCUACGAUUCGGCAUUACAGUCAAGGAUUACUGGGAGGAGGAGUCUCAGGCCGGAGUCAUGAUUGAGAGCCAUGAGGGCCAUGAACGACUGGCUGCGGACUGUGUGAUUGCCAGCGAUGGAAUCCAUAGCAAGGCGCGGGCUGUCGUGUUGGGAGGUCAUGAGAAAACACAUCUCCGCAAAACUGGCAGUGCCAUUUUCCGAUGCGGAUUUCCCGCCAGCCUCUUACAAGAUUGUCCGGAGGCACAGUGGCUUCUAGAAGGGACAGAAACUCAUGACCAAUUGAAUCACUUCAUUGGUAAGGAUAUCACCGUGUUGAUGGGAACGGGUCGACAUGGGAAGGAUGUGUACUGGGGAUGCAUGCACAAGAGCUUACACGAUGUUUCGGAGCCGUGGCUUCAGGUCUCCGACGCCUCAAAGGCGUUGGAGUACAUCCAACACUGGCCAUGUAAGGCGAAACUGGAAGCGAUCAUCCAGAAAACUCCUCAUGGAAAAUGCUUCGACCACCUCGUCCUGGCGGCCGAUCCACUUCCUCGUUGGACGUCAUUGCAGGGUCGAACAAUCCUCAUCGGGGACGCAGCUCACCCUUUCCUGCCGACGACCGGUCAGGGCGCGAAUCAAGCUCUGGAGGACGCCGCCGUGGUCGCCAUCUGCCUCAAACUGGCGGGAAAAUCGCGCAUCCCGCUGGGGCUGCUCGUUACGGAGAAGCUUCGGCAUCAACGCGUCAGUCUCAUUCAAGACGGUGGACUAAAGCUCCUGCAGACUUUGCACAAAGCCGACUGGAAUGCCGAGUCGAAAGAGGAGAUCCCUACCAUGGUGGCGCGUCCAACUUGGAUCUUUGCGCAUGACUGCCGAGCGUCGACAUACGAGGAUUUCGACACGGCAGCUAACGCUAUCCUUACGGGCAAGGAGUUCAUCCCGACCAACAUUCCGUCUGAUGGCCUCUUUCGCAUUGUGGAUGAGGAAAGCAGGGGAUCCAAGCUCUCCAAUGACAAGCUCAUGAAAGUGCCUCUGACUGACAAUGUUGAGUUGAUCGAGCGACAAAACGACACAACCGAGAAGCACACCUCGAUACAGCAGAUACGAGGUGCCGCUGCCCUCGCCGAAAGGCAUAAUGCCCCCUCUAUUGAGCUCCGUCUCGGUCGCUCCCAAACUACUCUUCAUUCACAAGACAGAAUGAACACCCAAAGCCCCAAAUAUGUCCGUCAGUUGUGCGGACAACGCAUUCUCAUCAUCGGUGGCACUUCGGGUAUCGGGUAUGCGGUCGCCGAAGCUGCGCUGGAGCAUCGCGCCCUGGUCACCAUUGUCGGUUCCAACCCCACGAAGCUCGAAAAGGCGAUGACUGCUCUCAAAGCGUCCUACCCACUGGAGACAGAAUCAGAGGAGGCUCUCCAAGGACUGACCUGUGAUCUGGCGGACGCCAGUCAGCUUGACACCAACAUUCAACAAGUCUUGAAGGUUGCAGCCAGCGAUGAUGGCCUCAACCAUGUGGUCAUCACGGCCGCAGACAUGACACCACCGCCUCCUUCCCUGGCGGAUAUCACAGUUGAGAGCUUCCAGCGCACUGGCACAAUCCGCUUUCUAGCGCCAUUGAUUGUCGCAAAGCACCUGUCGCGCUUCAUGAAGGGGUCGGCGGCCAACUCGCUCACUCUCACAAGCGGGGCGCAUGCCCGUAAGCCCGAUCCUGGAUGGACAGCAAUCGCAGCCUACUGCGGUGCUGUUGAAUCCAUGGCCAAGGGACUAGCAAUUGACCUGAAGCCGAUCAGAGUCAACGUGGUCGCGCCGGGAGCAGUCCUUACCGAGGUGGUGAAGGAUAUCCUGGGCGCAGGGUACGACAUCGCGGUCCAGAUGGCGAGAGACAAGUCCCUGGUGGGCAACGCGGGUAGCCCCGAGAAUGUCGCGCAGGCUUAUCUGUAUUUGAUGAAGGACGCGUACAACUCAGGGAGUGUCUUGGAGACAAAUGGUGGCAUGUUCUUAGCUUAA